AUGGGAGACGAAAGUGAUGGACAGGCCGGAGGAAACACAUCAAAAAGAGAGUCCAUGAGAGACGAGAAUGAUGGAGAGACCAUGGGAGACGAGAAUGAUGGAGAGACCAUGGGAGACGAGAAUGAUGGAGAGACCAUCGGAGACGAGGAUGGACAGGCCGGAGGAAACACAUCAAAUGGAGAGACCAUAGGAGACAAGAAUGAUGGAGAGACCAUCGGAGAUGAGAAUGAUGGAGAGACCAUGGGAGAUGAGAAUGAUGGAGAGACCAUGGGAGACGAGAAUGAUGGAGAGACCAUCAGAGACGAGAAUGAUGGAGAGGCCAUGGGAGACGAAAGUGAUGGACAGGCCGAAGGAAACACAUCAAAAGGAGAGACCAUGGGAGACGAGAAUGAUGGAGAGACCAUGGGAGACGAAAGUGAUGGACAGGCCGGAGGGAACACAUCAAAAGGAGAAACCAUAGGAGAUGAGAGUGAUGGAGAGACCAUGGGAGACGAGAAUGAUGGAGAGGUCGUAGGGAAGACAUCCAAACGAGUGGCAUCAAAAAUAGAUGAACUAGAAAAAGAAUUAUCUGAUGAUGAUAGCAGAGGAGAUGUGUCCAUAGAAGGUGAUGAAGAUAAUGAGGCAGUUCAGGAGAAUCAAACAGUGAAAGUGAAAUGGAUGAGGCUGAAAUUAUCAGGGAUUGUGAUAUGA